AUGCUCGCACCCAGCCUGAAGAGGGCCUUUACCCUUCUUCUAUUACCUGCUUUCUCCGCUGUAGCACAGAAUCCCUUCCCAGACACUACCACCUGCGACGAAACAUGCCAGGGCGGAGCUCUCAACGCAACCUCCUUUAUCUCAGAGCAACAGUCUGACCCAACAUUCUCCUUCUACAAAACCCCUUCAAGUUUCUCUACCAAAUUUUCUCCGGGUGUUGUGCUCAAGACAGAGGAUGUCACCAACCUGGAUAACUAUGUCGUCCCCAGUGGUCUGACUAUGUCGCGAAUCAUCUACACUACUGAAGAUCUUGAUGGAAAGGUUAUUCCCGCUUCAGCUUAUGUCCUCUGGCCUUAUGUUACUUUCUCAACCGGCUCAAACUCUGCUAAGGGAGGUCUGCCUAUCGUUGCUUGGGCUCAUGGCACAACUGGAACCUUCAAGCCCUGUGCACCUAGUAGCUACAGAGCUUUGCAGUACCACUUCCAAGUUCCUUUUGCUCUGGCACUUCAGGGCAUUGCAGUGGUUGCGCCAGACUAUGCUGGUCUUGGUGUAUCUGAGCUGCCCAAUGGAGACACCAUUCCUCAUUCUUGGGUCACAGCACCGGCUCACGCGAACGAUGUUGCUUUUGCUGUGACAGCAGCUAGGUCAGCAUUCCCGGAUCUUCUAAGUUCUGACGGUCCUUUCGUAGCUAUGGGCCACUCUCAAGGUGGCGGAGCAUCUUGGGCCUUCGCAGAAAGACAAGCCAAGAAGCCUCUCAAAGGAUACAAAGGCGCAGUCUCCAUAGCGCCAGUGACUAGAAUCCUCGAUGACUAUGCCUACUGGACCGAGAACUCGAUCGCAUCACCAGGCCUGCUUGCACAAUCUGCAGUCGUCGACUCAAUCUCCAAGAUCUACCCCAAGUACAACUACACAGGCUUCACUUCUACUGGCUACGAUCGCUGGCACAACGUGAUUGCCAAGGUCAAGGGAUGCUUCCCCGUGUUGGCCUUGGCGACAAUGGAUCUCGCGCCAACCGAUAUUGCGAAGUCGGGGUGGUAUAAAGAUCCAACUGCUAAGAAGUGGGCUGAUCGAGUCGCUGUGGGACGAAAGACUUUCACUGGUCCGCUGCUCGUUAUCAACGGUGCAGAUGAUCAUGUCGUUCGCCCCGAGGGUAUUGACGCCGCUGUCAAGGAUACCUGUGAUUUGGUGAAGAAGUCAGGAAAUGAGGAAGCUCUAGAACAUGCCACUUUCUCUGGUAUGGACCACUUCUCUGCCAUUCAGGCUAGUCAAAUGAAGUGGAUGGACUGGGUCAAGAGCAGACUUUCCGACAAGACCCUUGAGAAGGGUUGCUCUGAGGAACUUGUCGAAGGACUAAGGACCAAUGGCACUGUUCAUACACUGGGUCCGAACUUCUUCUUGUCGUACUUUGAUACAGCAGAGAGCUGGAAAUACAGUCUUUAA